AUGCUGGACGGGUGGGGUUUCCACUCGGAGGAUUACGUCGCCAUUUUUGCGGUUUUCGAGCACGACCAGCGCUCUGAGAAGGCUCUCCUGGCAUUGGCUCCAAUCGCGGAUGACGGUGUUGAGGACCAGACGGCUGAGAGCCACGUCGCCUUCCUGACCGGUAUUCUACCGUUUUUCAAGCGGGUCAUUUCCAGCAUCAUCUACCUCGUGGCUGACAAUUGCUCUGUCAACACGAGGUUGGAUGAUUUGCUUCAGGUGCCGUUCAUCGGCUGCGCCAGCCAUCGGCUGAAUUUGGCGGUUAACGUGUACCUCUCCGACUACGAGCCACUGCAGGAGCAAAUGCAGCAACUCAUGCUAAAGCUGCGAGGACUGAACAAGGCGAAUCGACUGAGUUUUUUGCUUUUUUGCUCUUUUUGCUUUUUUCUUAGGCAAAAGACCAAUUUGCGCCCGGUACUUCGCCAGGCGACUCGAUGGGGCUCCACGUUCAAGAUGCUCGACCGCUACUUUGACCUGCGCGACGCGCUGGACACGGACGACGACGACAUCGUGUCGUUGAUGCCGUCUCACCGCCAAGAGAAUCGCCUGCGUGCCCUGCGCGACCAGCUCCUUGAUUUUCAGGGCGCGACGAUGAAGCUGCAGGAGGACAGCACCACGCUUCUCGACGUGCGCGACAUCUUUGAUGCGCUCGUCGAGAAGCAUCCCGUUGUCGACAAGUACCUUGCAGCCGAUGCUGCCAUCGUGAAGGACCCAGACUUCGAAGCGUCGUGCUUUGGAGGGGUACGCCACAUCCCUCCAACAUCUAACGCUGUCGAACGUUUGUUCAGUGUCGCGAAGCACACGCUGUCGAACCACCGACAUGGUAUGCUACCGGUGCACCUUGAAACGGUGCUGUUCUUGAAGCUUAAUCGGCGCUUCUGGAAUGCGGGUACCGUCACCAAGGUGGUGAACGGACAGUAA